CAGGCUGUUCCUCAAAACUAGGAACAGAAACAGUCACACGAUUAUAAUAGCUUCUCCUCUUUAGCUCUCUUUUGAGUAGACAGGAGGCAUCACAUCCAACAACUUAUCAGUCCCAUCAAGCAAGAGGAUCCACUUGAACAGCAAUGAAUAACUCUUUCAAUGACAGCCUACAAGACUAUGACCCAGACUAUGGGGAUGAAGUCUGUGAAAAAGGCGAGGUGGUCAAGUUUGGAUCCAUUAUCAUUCCUGUGUUCUUCUCCGUUGUGAUCACACUGAGCCUCACAGGAAACAUCCUCGUCCUUGUAAUCCUGGCUUUGUACGAAAACCUCAAGUCUCUCACCAACAUUUUCAUCCUAAACCUGGCCAUCUCUGACCUCGUCUUCACCACCGGCCUCCCCUUCUGGGCAAUUUACCACAUCUGGGGAUGGUUGUUUUCAGAGGCCCUCUGCAAAAUUGUGACUUUUGUCUUCUUCACUGGGUUUUACAGCAGCAUCCUCUUCCUGACCAUCAUGACCAUCUACAGGUAUUUGGCUGUUGUCCACCCUCUGUCUGACCUAAGCACGCUGAGACCCAGCACCGGGAUUUUUUUGUCUUUCCUACUGUGGAUAAUCAGCAUCGGAGCAGCUAUGCCCUCUCUGCUCUACAGCUCCCUCGUCUCGAUCCCCCACAACGGAGAACACUCCCUGGGCUGCGAAUACAAAGACUCCCUGUGGAAAAGCAUUAGUAUCUCCCAACAGAAUAUCUUCUUCUUGGUCGCUUUCGCAGUGAUGGCUUUCUGCUACAUCCAAAUACUGGGGAGAAUCAUGAGAACAAGAUCUCACACAAAGAACAGAGCAGUGAAGUUGGUCUUCUGCAUCGUGGCUGUGUUCUUCCUCGGCUGGGUGCCGUACAAUGUGGUCAUAUUUCUGAGGCUUUUGGCAGACAAAUUGGUUCCACCAUUUGAAGACUGUGACACAAGUAUCCAGCUCGACUAUGCGUUCUAUGUGUGCCGGCUCGUUGCUUUCUCCCACUGCUGCCUGAACCCUGUCUUUUACGCAUUUGUUGGUGUGAAGUUCAGGAGUCAUUUGAAGUCAAUGCUGCAUCGAAUGUUCAUUCGCCAAAGUCAAGUCGAAGAGCAGCAGAUUAGAAUGCAAAACUUCUCACGUGGAUCAAUGUACUAGGUGCUGUUUAAAGGGGACAUAUCAUGCUCAUUUUCAGGUUCAUACCUGUAUUUUGGGUUUCUACUAGAACAUGUUUACUUGCUUUACUGUUCAAAAAAUAUAUGUUUUUCUCAUACUGUCUGUCUGA